AUGUACGAAGCCUAUAAAAUGGGUCUUAAAAAGUGGGUCCUUUUCUUUGCCCUUUCUAACCUCAUUUCAUAUGUAAAAAAGGAGGGGAACGGUUUCUGCCUAUGUGAGCCAAUACCAAUGCCUAUGCCUCAACCCGAACUCGAUUACAUGGAUGAGCCCAUACCUACGCUAGAACCAGAAGCACAACCACAAGCAAGCCCAGAUGACGGAAAUACAAACAACAAUAACUUCAAUUGGGGGAAUAAUGGAAACUUCAAUGGUGGAAAUGAUGAUGACGGUGACGACAAUGACGACAACGAUGAUGACGAUGAUGAAAUAAUUGAUAACUCUUAUGAUGACAAUAAUGAUGACGACGAGGCUGACAACAAUGAUGACGAUGACGAAGAAAUUAACGAUAAUGGGAUUAAGAAUUCCAAAAACAAAAGAAAAAGAAAUAAUUUGUAG